AUGGCGGUGUUGGUACCGAUUCUGCCAUGCAUAUGCACUAUUCUAUUAUGUCUUUUAACUGGCUUCGUUGGCAAUACUACGCUUAUUGUAGCUACGAUUCAGAGCAAACGUCUGCAUAAUGCCAACAAUAUACUCAUAGCACUGAACGCAUUUGGUGACAUUCUUCAUCAGAUCGGCCAUAUCCCAUUUGCAUACUUUAUUUUCACCGGAAUCACUUUUACACCUUUACGAACAUGCAUUUGGAUACAGUUAAUACCGAAUUUCGGUCUAAAUUUUGCAAUGACUAUAUUAUUUCCUAUCGGCAUAGAUCGAGCUAUCGCUGUUUUAAAGCCUGUUAGGUAA